GUCUUGAACCUCAACUCCUGGGUAUUAAUAUUAUCGUCUUCUUCAACAAAACAGCUGAAUUAUAAGAGAAGAUAGUCCAAAAUAUUGAGGUCAAUGGAGAGUACAUUUUUGAAUGAUAGUGAGAGUGGUGAGGUGAUGAGUGAAAUUCAUGUGGGUUGCCCACCAAACUCAUCUGGACCCUACAUUUCCAGGUUUACAAUCUCCAUUCCACCAGAUGUUGAUCAUGGAAGAAAUAAGGAUUUGUUUAAAGAUGAAGAAGUAUGUAGGCAUGAGAAAAUGAUUCAUGUGGAUGAAGAUGGUGAUCUUGUUCUUACUAGACGCACCAAGUUUUUAAGUCGUAGUUUUAAUGUAACAAUCCAGCAUAAUAUCACAUCAUCAAUUCCGAGUGUGGGGUUACAGGUUUGGAAGGCAGAGCUGGUAUUAUCUGAUUUUGUGUUGCAUAAGAUGUUUACUUCAUCGGAAUUUGAUGGGAUUAGUUUAUUGGAACUCGGUGCUGGAACUGGAUUUAUCUUACUGUAUUUAUCAGGGCUGGUUGGCAUGCUGAUUGCACAUGUUGCUAAAACAGUGUUCUUAACAGAUCGUGGUGAUGAAAUCCUUGACAACUGUGCAAGGAAUGUUCAGCUUAAUUCUGAAGUGUUAAACUAUCAAAGUGCAAUUUAUGUGCGUGAACUUGAUUGGAUGAAUUCCUGGCCACCUAUAUCAUGCCUCAAUUCUGCAGACACUAGUAGGUAUUCUUGGACACCUGCUGAAGUUGAAGAAGCUGAGGAAGUUUCUCUGCUUGUAGCUGCUGACGUGAUAUACAGUGAUGAUCUGACUAAUGCUCUUUUCAGCAUUCUCGAGAGAUUUAUGUCAUCGGGCUCGGAAAAGAUUUUGUACUUGGCAUUGGAAAAGCGCUACAACUUCAGUAUCGAUGACCUUGAUGUUGUUGCAAAUGGUUAUUCACACUUCUUAAGUUAUCUUAAGGAGGAUAAAGACCUUGAAUAUGGAUCCUCUCCUUGUUUUCUGGGCAAGCAAAUCGAUAUUUCACCAAUUCCACAAUACGUAAGCGAAUAUGAAAGAGGAAAUGAUGUUGAACUUUGGCAGAUCAAGUUUAGCAGAAGAAAACCAGAAUCGGAAGAUUCUUGUGAAUAAGAAUCUGACGACUUUUUUCGUGGAAAUAAGUUUUGCUGGUAUGCUAAUGCUAGAAUCACCAUUGCAGUCGUGAAGGUUGUGAACCGGUUCAGUCAUCAACAUCAAUGUCAAGAGUAUAGAACUGGUUAAAUCAUAAGUUUUGCUGGUAGAUUAUGAUCUUAUUGUUGGUUCUUUCAGAUGUAGCACUGGCCUGCACGAACACCCGUCUCAGCUACUAAGAAUUCCGUCCUUAUGUAAGGAUUAAUAUUACAAUAAAAAUUCUGAGAGUAUUGUUUAAUUUCUUAGAUGAGAAGUUGAGAAACUUUGCUCGUCAAACAUAUUUUGGUGAUGAAAGCUUUGGUUGCGUAUAUUUGUAAAUUGUUCCUUUCUAUAGUUUCUUUUAUGCCUUUUGAGGAAUCUGUAAACCUGAGCAUGAUUAUAGAUUUUAAAAUUUAAUUUCAUGUUA